AUGGAUGAAGCGGGCUUCAGAGAGUUCAUCCAAACGCUCACUCCGGUCAGAAAUGACCAUGCCGUUCUAGUGGCACUUGCAGAUAGGUGGAGGGACACUACCAACAACUUUCACCUACCGCCCGGGGAGAUGACAGUGACACCUGCUGACUUUGCAACGAUUAUCGGCUUGAGAAUUGGGGGUGAGCCUAUCCCGUUUGAUUCGGGUAUUCACGAAGACCCAGUGGCUUUGGAAUGGUUCUUGGGAGAAGCGCCCAAGAUCGAGGAAGGGAUGGCGAGGCGUAGUAAGGUCCAUUUGUCAUACUUGCCUGCACUGAGGGACUUGAGGACAGCUUCGCGCUUUGAUUGGGGUGGAGCGGCAUUGGGCGCGGCCUAUGGUUUCUUGGGCGACUCGUCGAGGAUGGAGAUGAGUACUGCUGGCCUUCUUGAUUGCAUUAUUGUAUGCACUGAUGAUUUUCUUUGUUUGCGAACCAAGCAGCUCUGGGCCUAUGAGGUUUUGAACACGUGCCGCCUAGCAUCCAAGAGCUUGGACUUGGGAAUUCUCCCGCGUGCUCACAUUUGGAGCAAGAAGAACAUGGGGGAGAAGAAAGUGAGGGGUGAUCUGAAUGGCUUUCGGAUAUACUUAAACGAGCUCCGCCCCUCACAGAUCGAGUGGGAUCCUUGGAGAGUGGCAAGGCCAGAGCCCGAGUACCUGGCUAGGAGCAGGGUUGUAAUGGCUAGCAGAGUGUUGCUGGAGUCAGCCUUUGGCUGGCAGUGGUACUUGGGAGACCGGGUGACACAUCAGUCGCUCGGCUUUACUGAGUUCCAGGCGCCGGGGCCUCUUCCACCACGGGCCUCACACAGGGGAAGGGAGCGUUUGGCAGGGCCGCUGAGAGUCCAGGAGUUCAAAGAGGUCCGGAGUCAGGCUCAUGGAGCCGCUGAGGAAAGGAGGGCUGCAGGAGAGAGACAAAGUGGUGGUGAGGGCCGCGUACCAAUUGAGUGGGCGAACGAAGUUGUUCGUCGCAUGCUUGCCUUGGAUAAUGCAGCACAAAGACAGGUGGCUCCUAGGAGGAAAAGCGCUAGAGACCCUCCGCAGAAGAAGUUGGCAGCGAGGACUCCUACUCCUCCAGUCACUACUAGGCGAUAG